GCGAGGACAGAGACCGACUGACGCGUCAACAGCCACGGGGAUGUAAAUGAGACGGCUCGGGCUCUGCGUGGAGGACGGACCGCUGUUGUCAGAGAAUGCAACACCAAGCGAACACGCCGUCUGCGUUAGCUCACUGUCCACGGUUAUUAGCUCCAGAGUUUAAACCGCAUUUCAUUGAGUCGUGAUUGUUUUGUUUAGUGCACUGUUAGAGGAUUGAAAGAGGACUGCGUGAGACAUCCUCCAGCCAGCAUGCCUCCUCCUCAGAGCCUCCAAUCCAGCGGACUGACCCUCUCGGAAACAAGCAUGGGUAUGUGUGAACAAGGUUCCUUUAAAAGGAGGAAGAGGAAAUCCAUAAUCGUGACGGUGUUGCUUCUCAUUGUAUCAGUGCUCAUCCUCAUCUUUGGCCUGGCGGCGACGACCAGGACGCAGAACAUCACUGUGGGCGGCUACUACCCAGGAGUCAUUCUGGGCUUUGGCUCCUUUCUGGGAAUUAUCGGCGCUCAUUUGAUAGAAAACAAGAGGCAGAUGUUGGUGGCAUCUAUCGUCUUCAUCAGUUUCGGAGUGGUGGCCGCCUUCUGCUGUGCUAUUGUCGACGGUGUCUUUGCAGCGAGGCACAUCGACCUCAGGCCUCUGUACGCAGGCCGCUGUGAGUAUCACUCCAGUGAGACCGCAUCUGACCGAGAUGUGCCAUGUCACACAUCAUCACGCUCACCCUGCAACCUGCGUGUGAAGAGCAACACGUGCUACUGCUGUGACCUCUACAACUGUGGGAAAGAGCAUCCUCUUAUGGGACUUCAGAAUAAAGAUCUUUUGAAAAAGUUUAGGAAAUCAUCCAUGAUUUGGAACCGAGUAGAGGUGAUUGGAGGCUACCAUGAGUACACGGACGUGCAGAGCUGCCAGGACGUGGUGCAUCUUUACCACCUGUUGUGGUCCGCUACCAUCCUCAACAUCGUGGCGCUCUUCCUGGGCAUCAUCACUGCUGCAGUGCUGGGAGGCUUCAAAGACAUGACUCCCUCUACAGCCUCAGAGAGCUCGUCUGAACCAGAGGCCAUCACAGCUCCUGUCCCCUCUGAGCCUCCCCCUCCCUCCUCCUCCAUGAACUCCUAUUAUAACACUGCCCCCUGUCUGCCGCCGUACUCCGCCUACGACAUGCAGGGCUCCUACACCUUCCCUGACUCCUCAGGUCUAUCAGAUGACUCCCAGUCUGGAGCCAGUCACCUGUGGCCCACAAUGAUCCCUCCACGCUACUCUCCUCCUCACAACCAUCCUGAUGAAAAGCCUCCACCAUACAGCCCCUAACAUGGCUUCCAACACAGAGAGCACGUCCCACCAGGCAGGAGGUUUUAGAUGGAAGAGUUUGGAUGGACAUAUCCUUCUCAUGGCUGCCAAGGACUGAGUGUAAGAGGAUGGACACAAAGCAUGCCAGCGUAGAGAUCAGCCCAACACGAUAAAAUGUGUUUGUCUGAGCACCAGGUACACUCACAUCUGCACGUUUUGUGUGUAUGCGUGCAUAAACACAUCAAAGGAGAUACUGAGACAGCAGGUUUAAAGCCAGACUGUUUACACAUCUGCCUUAAUGCAAAAUGGACUUUCAGUGCUGCAGCUCUCUGUCAGCUGGACUAUUCAGUACAAGGUCAAAAACUCUCAUGCAGCUCAUGCUUUUUGUUACCCUCAAUUUCUUAAGUAAAUGCCUCCCACUGCAGGUGAUACAGGUGAUAAAUCCUCACCGUUUCUCCUCGAGGACAUGGACUCAUUAUCAGAGCUGAGAACCUUUAGAGAGUCAGCUGCAAGCUUCUUGAAUCUGAAUCAGCUAGAUGAUUAAUACUAUAGAGUCGUAGGUCCAAGCAGUUGUUUCUUCAGCAGUAUUAAUGUGCAUACUUAAAGAGUAACUUAACCCCAGGGUUUCAGCUG